CCUUUUGAACAGCGUCCCCUGAUUCGAUGCGGAGGGAAGUUCAAAUUUUUAGGAACAGGAACGGCGCAACUAAAGGAAACAGCUAGUAACAAUGAUACGACAAGCGAAGGGUAAAACCCCCCGCAGACCCCCCAAAAAGCCCUCCAGCAACCAGAAAGACCCUGUUGGUGUGUACUGCAGAGUGCGACCCCUGGGUGUGGAGGAUAACGAGUGUUGCAUUGAGGUGAUCAGCAGCUCCACCAUCCAGCUGCAUGCACCUGAAGGCUUCAAAACAAACCGAAAUGGAGAGUACAAAGAGAUGCAGUACUCCUUUAAAAAAGUCUUUGGAGUUUCAGUGUCUCAGAUCGAGCUGUUUGAGCAUGUGGCCAAACCUCUCGUCGACGACCUCAUCCGUGGAAAAAAUGGGCUGCUUUUCACUUAUGGAGUCACAGGAAGCGGGAAGACAUUCACAAUGACUGGCUCACCAGGCCAAGGUGGACUUCUUCCUCGUUCACUCGACAUGAUCUUCAAGAGUAUAGGACCCUACCAGGCCAAGAGAUAUGUCUUCAAAACCGAUGACAAAAAUGGUUUGGAGAUUCAGAAUGAAGUGGAUGCUUUGUUGGAGCGCCAAAGGCGGGAAAAUAACUUGCCUGUUUCAAAACCUACAUCUUCCAGACAAAAGCUGGAUCCUGAAAUUGCUGACAUGAUAAAGCCUGAGGAGGCUUUUGAAGGAGAUGGGGUCGAUGAAGACAGCAGUUACAGUGUCUUUGUAUCCUACAUAGAAAUCUACAACAACUACAUCUAUGAUCUUCUGGAAGAAACCCAGGAAGAUGCAAUCAAACCAAAGUGGAAUGGUGGAGGCACACCAGUGCGCCCGAACACUGAGUUCAUACCUCCUCAAUCUAAAAUCCUCAGAGAGGAUCAGACCCACAACAUGUAUGUGGCUGGUUGUAUGGAGGUGGAGGUCAAGUCUGCUGAGGAGGCUUUUCAAGUAUUCUGGAGAGGUCAGAAAAAGAGGAAGGUCGCAAACACCUGUCUGAACCGGGAAUCCAGCCGCUCCCACAGUGUGCUCAUCAUUAAACUGGCUCAGGCUCCUCUUGAUGCGGAUGGCGACAACAUUCUCCAGGAUAAAAACCAGGUGACUGUUAGCCAGCUGUGCCUGGUGGACUUGGCAGGAAGUGAGCGCACAGGAAGGACAGGGGCGGAAGGAACCCGCAUACGUGAAGCAGGGAACAUUAAUCAGUCUUUGCUGAAUCUGAGGACAUGCAUUGAGAUACUUCGAGAGAACCAGAUGUGCGGAACAAACCGGAUGGUUCCCUACAGAGACUCCAAAGUAACACAUCUGUUCAAGAAUUACUUUGACGGAGAGGGAAAAGUCCGAAUGGUUGUGUGUGUCAAUCCCAAGGCUGACGACUACGAGGAAACUUUACUGGUGAUGCGGUUCGCGGAGAUGACUCAAGAGGUGGAGGUGGCUCGGCCAGUGGACAGGCCCAUCUGUGGCUUCACGCCGGGCCGUCGCCAUAGAAACCAGGCCUUUAAAGAGGAAUUGUCCCGCAAGCUGGAGGAGCGUGGUGGUCCAUCUGACAGGGAUUUGCCCACUGUUCUCAGCCACAUGGUUCACAGCCUCCCACCUCUUCCAUCUUGUGAGCUGACCGACCCUCAUGAUGACAUCACCCUGCCCAGACUGAUCGAAGCUCUGCAGAACAGAUACAGGAUCAGGCAGAUGAUGAUCGAUGAAUACAACCAAGCAGCCAAUAGGAUGAAGUCCAUGCUUCAGGAACUGGACAACAGCAUCAUUUCCAAGGAUAAUUUUAUCCAUGAACAAAAUGGGAAGCUGACUGAGAAGGACAAAGCCAUCCAACUCAACAAGGCAGAGAUUGAACGUUUGGAGAAGAAAACCAAGAUGCAAGAACACAAGAUUGACAUACUGCAGAAAACGACUAAAAUCUACGAGGACGACAAACGUUCGCUGCAGCAUGAGCUGGGAACCAGGGAACAGAGGCUGCAGAGAGAACAGUCAGAGAAGAGACGCAUGGAGCAGCGAAUGCAUGGCGUGGUCACAGACACCCAGCACAAGUGGGAGAAAGAAUGUGACCGACGUGUUAACGCGAUGCAGCUGGAGAUGCAGAACAAGCUGUGGGUGAAAGAUGAGAAGCUGAAGCAGCUAAAGGCCAUCGUGACAGAGAGCAAACCUUCAGGUCGUCCUGACCCUCCGCCGCGUCAGACACAACCUAAAAGGCCUUCCAGAGAGGAACGCCUCCCCGCCAAGAGAUCAGCCUCGCCCUCUCCUAUACCUACAACGACCCCGGUGCGGCCGCUGCACCGCCGCUCCCGUUCUGCUGGUGGGGAGAAGUGGGUGGACCACAAGCCCUCCUCCAGCCUGGACUUGGGUACAGUGUUGCAGCCUGUCAUCCCUAAUUCCAUCCAGGUGUCUACACCCAGUGAGAAGGCCCUGUCCAAGUGUGACAGAUAUGUGUUAACGCACCAGCAAGUCGCCUCUGAUGGAGAGAUCGAGACAAAACUUAUUAAGGGUGAAGUGAUUAAAACCAGAGGAGGAGGGCAGUCUGUCCAGUUCACCGACAUUGAGACGCUGAAGCAGCAGCUCACAACAGUCCCUGGCCGCAAAAGAAAAUCCUCAGAGGGCAAACCUGCAAACGGAGCCUCAACAGAUGGAGCUUGGACUGACACAGAGACAAGGUGUUCUGUGGCCAUGGAGAUGAGGGCUGGAUCAAAGAUGGGUCCUGGCUAUGAGCAUCAUGGGAUUACCAAGCGCAGAAAACCCUGAAAGCAGCUGUGAUCACUUCCUCUGCCCUCACCUGGCUGUUGUGCAAUAAUCUGAUUUUUUUAUAAAUAUAUAUAUAUAGCUCUAGUUGUGAUAUUUAAACAUUUUCCAUGCUUUUUUAUAUGCAAACAUGUUUCUACAUGUGUCACCAAAGCUUUUUGUAAAGUAUAUUUUAUGUUUGUAUUUGAAACAGUAGAAAAAAAAACAAGUGUUAUUUGUUUCAGAUAAAGGUGGCAGGAAGUUUGUAUUUACUGUGGAUCUGCUGCUGAAAAGAGUCUGCUUGCACAUUUGUGUGAAAUGUAGUCACAGCCAUUACUUGGCACGAGACCUUCUGAAGUGUUGACUAAGUCUGCUGCAUCUUUAUUGGUGAAGUAAAGAGCAUCGAGAAGAGUUUAAAUGCCUUUUUUUUCUACCACUGUAUGUUGCGAUCUCUCCUGUCUUUACUGUACACUAAAGAAUAAAACACUUUUGCAGCAA